AUGCCACCAGUAAAUACUCAUUAUCGACGUAAUUUUCGUUCACAAUUAGUAGCAAAUAGACGUAUUAAUAGUACUUCAAUCAUCGAACAGCAGAAAAAAAAAUGGUCGAUAGUAAUUCAGGUAAUUAAAGUAAUUGCAGCUAUUCUCGUUCCAAUCAUGAUCGGUGCAUUCACAAUUAUACAAACAUUACAAGAAUUGAAGAUUGCUCGAAUGCAACGAGAUGCCAACAAAGAACAACAAGUGCACGAUAGUCUUCGAGUCAUUCAAUCGCGCAUUGAUACUGUUUAUGAUACAUUUAUAGGAGAUUUAUCGACAAUCGUUUUGAAACCAAACAAUAAUCUUACAGAAUCAGAAUUAAUGUUUGCUCGUGCAAAAGUAUUACUAAUAUUGGACCUAAUAGACGAAAGAAGAAAAUGGUAUCUAAUUAAAUACUUAUACGAUAAUCAACUAUUUUAUGCAGAAAGUUAUAAUAAGAAAUUUAUCAAUCUGGAUGGUGCUGAUUUGUCCAAUGUCAAAUUCGGCAUAACAAAUCAAACGAGUCAGGACGAACGAAAAAUCAAUUUGACAGGUAUUCGUUUGUCGAAUAUCUAUUUAAGAAAUUCAUCGUUUGAAAAUGUUCUAUUGAACAAUGCUACAUUCGAACGAAGUAAUCUGACUGGAACAAAAUUUCUAAAAACAACGAUACAAGGAGUUAAUUUUAAUAAUGCUACUCUAGAAUAUUCAACAUUUAUUGGUUUUCAAGUGCAACAUUCGUCAUUUCGAAGUGCUCAAUCAGCAUAUUCUUCAUGGUCAUCCGUUAAUGACUUUCAUGGAAAUGAUUUAUCGAAUUCUAAUUGGACUGGAACGAUAUUUUGUGAUGUAAUUGAUCAUCUUCAUACGUCAUUAUUUUUAGUAGAUAAUAGUUUCAUAUUUACAAAUAGGUUCGAGAAUGUGACGAUGAAAAGUGUGUCAUUUGUACGUGUCAGAUUCUAUCGAGCAAAAAUUCAUGGCAAGAGUGAUUUGAGCGACGUUUUAUUCGAAGAAUCACUUAUAUGUCGUACUUUAUUUGAAGAUGUCUGCCUUCAACGUUCUCGUUUUGUUAAAAUCAAACUUGUUCGUUUACAAUUUAUCCGUGUAAAUUUAAACGGUUCAAAUUUGGAUAUGGAACAGAUCAAUAAACAUUUUAUUGAUCACUCUUAUCUACCAAAUGGAACAUUCAAAUCAUCAAUAUUUGGAGUGAAUCUAAUCCAAAAUGGUGCUGCUGAACAAGAUGUUCGUGAAACUAAAUAA